AUGGCGACCUUCAAAGACUACACCUACACACACUUCCUCGUCACCUCGCCGGCCCCCUUCGUCGCGCACGUCCAGAUCAACCGCCCGCAGAAGCUCAAUGCCUUCUCGGAGCCCGUCUGGCGCGAGUUCGGCGCCGUCUUCGGCCGCCUGAGCCACGACCCGGACGUCCGCGCCGUCGUCCUCUCCGCCGUCGGCGACCGCGCCUUCUCCGCCGGCCUCGACGUCCAGGACGCCGGCAACAGCCCGCUCGGGUCGGGGCUCGGCGGGGACCCCUCGCGCUACGCGACCGUCAUGCGUCGGCACAUUGUCGAGUUCCAGGACGCCAUUGCUGCGGCGGAAAAGUGCGAGAAGCCCGUCAUCUGCGUGCUUCACGGCAUCUCCAUUGGCAUCGCCAUUGACAUUUCGUGCUGCGCCGACGUGCGCAUCUGCGCGCGCAACACGCGCUUCGCCGUCAAGGAGGUCGACAUUGGCCUCGCCGCGGACCUCGGCACGCUCAGCCGGCUCCCCAAGCUCGUGGGGAGCACGUCGUGGGUGAAGGACGUCUGCCUGUCGGCGCGCGACUUCUCCGCCGACGAGGCGCUGUCGGUCGGCUUCGUCAGCCGCGUGUUCGAGUCCAAGGAGACGGCCGUCGAGGCGGGGCUCAAGCUCGCGGGUUUCAUCGCGGAGAAGAGCCCCGUGGCGGUGCAGGGGACCAAGGAGCUGCUGAACCACGCGAGGGAUCACUCGGUCGAGGAGAACUUGCGGUACACGACUGUUUGGAACUCGGCUAUGUUGCAAUCGAGUGAUUUCCAGACUGCCCUGAUGUCUGGUCUGUCCAAGAAGAAGCCCACGUUCGAGAAGCUCUAA